UUACCUGGCUGAGUUCAGACCAAGCAUAUCAUUACCUUCCCAAUACAAUCCAUAACUGAGGCUCAUUGUGUCCUGUAAGCUCCAGCAGUCAAGGUGUCUCUGUAUUUGCCUGCACUCAGACUAAGGCACGGAGUCAUGGCAGUGGCAAAUUUCCACUAUAUUACUCGGAUGAGCAGCGGCUUCAAAGUCUACAUUUUAGAGGGUCAGCCCCAUCUCAGAAGUGAAGAUAGAUUUAGACACAUUACAAAUGACCGGCCUAGAGCCCCAACAGUGUAUCCAGUCAAACGCAAACGCAGCCAUGAGAGAGGGUUAACUCUUGAGGAAAGGCGGGAGCGUGUACUGAGCAGAACCAUGGCUAAAACUGUCCAGAGAACAGCACCAGCACCACCUGCAUUCAGCAGCCCACAGAGCCCCACAUCAACCUGGAGUCCUUCUCCCAGUCCCACCAGCCCCCUGCCUAACCAUGUAUACUACACACCAGUCAUGGAUGAACCACUUGCCCUCAUCAAGAAACCAAGAAAGGAUCCUGAAAAUACAGAGGAAAAGCCCAAAAACACGACUGCCAGUCAAAUCCAGAUGCGUCCCUCUGUGAUCACUUGCGUCUCCUCUGUAAGAAACCCCUCCUCCAGAUCUGAGACCCACAAGACUCCAUCAUCAGUGAUUUCCAAAUGCAACUACGAUCAUGUUGUGGACGAGCAUUUCCAGAGAAGCCUUGGAAUUAAUUACCAAAACACUCGCUCCCAGCAGCUUUCCAUCAGCGUGUCUGUGGAUGACCACUUCGCCAAAGCCUUGGGAGACAAGUGGCUGCAGAUUAAGUCCAAGUCUUCGUCCUGCUCUUCGACACCUCCCAGCAGUCCAAGCAUUACCCACUCCCCUACCUACAGCCACAGCCCAAAUCAGUCUCUCAAAGAACCCGCCAGCAACUCAUCACCAAACCCCACCCACUGGUCCAUCAACUAAAACAGUAAUGACCUCUGAUCGGAGAGGGAAAGGACUUUGUCACAUUAAGCUUUUUACUGCAGCUCUGCUUGUUAAGCAAAGGCAAAGUGUUGAGAGGGCAGUUAAAAAGUUGCCAGAGCGCUGUCACACUGGACCGCUGUUUGUCCAAAUUUGAGACACACUGAUGCAGACAAAUGUAGCAGUAAAUGGGAUGUCCUUUUGUUGCAUUUCUGUGCUCUGUUUGUUGAUGUUUGUGGAUUCCUCAGAUUGUGCUGUCAUGGGAUGAUAGGAAAAAAUCCACUUUAAAAAAUCCUUUACAUUUCUUUGAUGUUGUGUCAUGUGUUUGUUGUGGCUGGAAUGACACAAUUUUAUUGUAUUAUAUUUAUAUUCUUAUACAUUUGGGUCCUUUACAGUCAAAAUGAUGAGCCUAUCUGCUGUAUAUUAUGCUUUUAAGCUGUACAUGAAAAAGCUUUGAAAAGACAAUGAAAAAA